GGGGACGGAGUCAGCAGACAUGGGGAGAACUCUGUGGGGAACGCCUUCGGGUUCAAGCUACAGGAGGUCCCGGAUGGCCGACGCAUCGUCACCACGACCCGUUCCCACAGCAACAAACUUGUCACAGACACCGUGGAUGCCGUGGAACCUCAUGAUGUGAUAAGAGUCGGCGGAGCAGGAAAUAAGGUGAAAUAUACAGGGAUGGGAAGGUAUAGGGGUGCAUAGGUAUCAAUAUACAGUGCCUUCAGAAAGUAUUCACAUCCCUUAACUUUCCACGUUGUUCUUACAGCCUGAAUUUCAAAUGGCUUAAAUAGAGAUUGUGUCACAGUGUGUAGAUGGGUGAGGGGGAUUUUUUAUAUAUUUUUUAAAUUCUGUCCAACACAAUGUGGAAUAAGUCGAGGUAUGAAUACUUUCUGAAGACACUAACUAUAAAAUGUAGUCUUACUCCUCUGUUGCACCCUUUCUUUGUGUAGAUUAUUCAAUUUGUGGAGGGGAAGGCUUCAGCCUAUGUCUUUGCCAGUCUAGGAACUAAAAAGUGGGACACCUGUGCCCCUGAAGCCAUCCUGCAUGCAGUUGGAGGUAAGCAACAUCCUUCCUCUAUCUUACUGUAACUACCUCCUAAUUGUGACUAAGGACAGUAAUAAUGUUGCCUGCUGUUUUUUUUGCCUGUCCCUCUACAGGUAAGCUGACAGACAUGCUUGGCAAUGUGUUGUGUUACGAUGCUAACGUGAAGCACAUGAACUCCGCUGGGGUGCUGGCCACUCUACACAACCACCAGUAUUAUGCUAGCAGAGUGCCCCAGUCAGUCCUGCAAGCUCUCAAGCCCUGA